AAUUGGUCACGACAGGGAUAGCCCCAAUAGCAUAACAACGGGAAAUUUGUGUUCUGCACCUGAGAUAGAACAACUAUCUAGUCUAGCCCUAGGUCCGCCAAACUGUAGAUUAUGUAUGCAUUCAAUACACGUCCAUUGACAUGCCUCUUUGGAGAGGAGUGACUAAUUUGUCAUAUCACAGCAUUCUGACUGAGCGUCCACUGCUUCCGGCAACUUCAUCGUAAGGUGCAGAAGUUCUUCUUUCCCAUCCCCUGCAUCCGAGUCCUCUGUAAAUUCUCUGUUCCGGUGCGAUCACUCUGUGCGAGUUGAAGCUUAAUCAGCCACGAUGAUGGACCGGUUCAAUACUCCUCAGACAGAUGCAGUGGAGGUGGAUGUUCUCGGCCACAACUUGCUCAUAAAACAGGAUCCGAAUUCCAAACACCUAGGAACAACUGUGUGGGAUUCUUCCCUUGUGUUCGUAAAAUUUCUGGAGCGCAACAGCAAGAAAGGAGAAUUUUCCCGUGCGAAGUUAGCUGGGAAGAGGGUUAUAGAACUGGGUGCUGGCUGUGGACUCGCUGGUCUCGGAAUGGCGCUUUUGGGAUGCGAUGUUGUGGUCACUGACCAGAUUGAAGUCUUACCUCUACUGUUGAGAAACGUAGAGCGUAAUUUAUCAAGAGCGAAGUAUACGGCUUCCGAUUGUUCUUAUAUGGGAUCUAUUGGCAAAGUGGAUGUUGCAGAGCUGGACUGGGGGAAUGAAACGCACAUCACUGCUACUGGUCCUCCGUUUGAUUAUAUCAUCGGGACAGAUGUUGUAUAUAAAGAGCAAUAUUUGGAGCCCCUCAUCAACACCAUACUUGCUUUGGCCGGACCGAAGACAACAGUGAUGCUAGGGUAUGAGUUCAGGUCGAGUGGAGUACGGGAGCUUCUAGGCCAACUCUGUCAAAAGCAUUUUUCUGUUAAACGGGUUCUGCAUUCAAAGAUGGAUCCGAAGUACCAACAUCCCGAUAUUGACCUUUUUAUCAUGCGGGUCCGCGACAAGUCGAUGAAAGAUGAAGAACAUUCAGAGGGAGUUGCGCAGCAACGAGAGGACGUAAACGCAUCAGGUGGAGUGGAUGAAGAAAACGCUGGUGAGGAAGAUUUGUGUCAGUUGGAAACACCUAAUAAUUGUGUGCAGGGUGAAAAGGUGACUACAGACUCUGAUACUGAGGACAAUGCGUUCACUUUUCGGAGAAUGGGAUCCGCGGCUGCUCGGCUUUUAUCAGACGUAGAACCUCCCACCGUGGUUAGAAAUCAAGGAUUUUUCCCCUCACAUUGAACCCUUUCGACCACCUGUGCUCUUUAGAAUGUUACCAUUUUUGUGUCCAUUUGAUGCUGUUCUGGAGGUACACAUAUCGAAAAAUAGAGACGUUUGACCUUGAAUUAUCAAUCAAGCCACGGCAAGAAGUUGUAGAAGUUGCUUUCAAGAGAGUAAUCAUCAGGAUCAGUCAGUCCGAUGAAAUGUAGGUUGUUGAUGUGCUGGAAGGGGAAGCUGGCAAGUCCCUUCCAUCACUGACGGUAGUG